GCUGCCGCAUAGCCGCGUCUGCUCAGUGGCUCCGGUGGCGGGACCGGAUCGCCGGGACGCCGGCUGCGGGCGCCUCCGGCUGGGGAUCCGCACGGCUCUGCGGCCGGGAAGGGCUUUUCCGCUUCCCCGCGGCCGGGAGGAGGCUGGGAUCCGGGGAGGCCGCCCGCUCCCCGUCCCCCUUUCAGGCUCCGGAGUUUUCGGGUGGGGAGGGCGCCUCGGCGGCCCCCCGGCUGCGCUGCACAGGCCGGGGAGCCCCCCGGGCCGGGCAGGAGGGAGUUAAGGCGGCCGCGGCCGGCCGGUGGGUCUAGGCCGCCGGCGCGGAGACGAGCGCGGAGCGCGCGCGGUGGAAUCCCGGCCGGGCCGGGGCGCAGGGGAGGGGGCCCAGGCCCAGACCCCUCCCGCUCCGGGGCCGGCGGGAUGGGCCAGCGGGGAGUCCAGCUCAGAAGCCGGCCUCCUCCAGGCUCCCCUCUCGCUGCUGCCCAGCCGCCGGGCAGCCCGGCCGGCCCCCUGCCGCCCCUGCCCAGGAGGAGGGAGGGAUUUUCUCGGGGGGAGAAAUCGGUGGUCCGGCGCCUGCCCGGCUCCAAUGCCAAGCGCCGGGAGGGAGGCCUGCAGCCGAGGGAUACCCGAGGGCGACUCAGUCCUGGGCCCAAGCCAGGCAGCUUCAUGGAGCUGAGCUUUCUGCGGGAGGAGUCCCCUGGCCGAGCUCUGCAGGAGUGCUCCGGCCCCACGCGCAGCUGUCCUGGCCUCCCGCGUGCCCCUGACCAGGCACCCGCCGCCCCUGCGGCCCAGCCCAGACCUGGAGCUCACCUCCAGGACCUGGCGCCUGCCCUCCUGCCCAUGAUGACUCACCGUUAUUUCUAGCUGAAGCGCAAACCGUGAUGGGGAGUCAGGCUGCCCGUGUGUGUAGCUAGGAUUCCCUCGCCAGCUGAUCAGCUCUGCAAGGGAGAGAGCUUCCCGUCCUGCCUCCCAGCCAAGCUGUGUCCCUGGCUCUCAGAGAGCCCCCGGGCUCUCCCGCAGGGGCGCGCAGGCCCAUGCGCCCGCGUCUCCUGGGACCAUCGGCAGCACCCUGAGCUCCCUGCCACCAGGCAGCUGGAAGGCGUAGCGUGAGGCGCUUCUCUCAGUCCCAACUAUGACAGUAGCCACCGGAGACCCGGCGGACGAGGCUGCCGCCCUCCCUGGCCACCCGCAGGACACCUAUGACCCGGAGGCCGACCACGAGUGCUGCGAGCGGGUGGUGAUCAACAUCUCGGGGCUGCGGUUCGAGACCCAGCUGAAGACCUUAGCCCAGUUCCCGGAGACCCUCUUGGGGGACCCCAAGAAGCGGAUGAGGUACUUUGACCCCCUCCGCAACGAGUACUUCUUCGAUCGGAACCGCCCCAGCUUCGACGCCAUCCUCUACUAUUAUCAGUCGGGGGGCCGGCUGAGGCGCCCCGUGAACGUGCCCUUAGAUAUCUUCUCGGAAGAGAUUCGGUUCUAUGAGCUGGGGGAAGAGGCGAUGGAGAUGUUUCGGGAAGACGAAGGCUACAUCAAAGAGGAAGAGCGCCCUCUGCCCGAGAAUGAGUUUCAGCGGCAGGUGUGGCUCCUCUUCGAAUACCCGGAGAGCUCGGGGCCUGCCCGGAUUAUAGCGAUCGUGUCCGUCAUGGUGAUCUUGAUCUCCAUCGUCAGCUUCUGCCUGGAGACGCUGCCCAUCUUCCGGGACGAGAACGAAGACCUGCAUGGCGGGGGCGUGGCCUUCCACGCCUACGCCAACAGCACCAGCGGGUACCAGCCGUCGGCCUCCUUCACCGACCCGUUCUUCAUCGUGGAGACCCUCUGCAUCAUCUGGUUCUCCUUCGAGUUCCUGGUGCGGUUCUUCGCCUGCCCCAGCAAGGCCGGCUUCUUCACCAACAUCAUGAACAUCAUCGACAUCGUGGCCAUCAUCCCCUACUUCAUCACCCUGGGGACGGAGCUGGCCGAGAAGCCCGAGGACGCCCAGCAGGGCCAGCAGGCCAUGUCGCUGGCCAUCCUCCGCGUCAUCCGCUUGGUAAGAGUCUUUCGGAUUUUCAAGCUGUCCAGACACUCCAAAGGGCUCCAGAUCCUAGGGCAGACCCUCAAGGCCAGCAUGAGAGAGCUGGGUCUCCUGAUCUUCUUCCUCUUCAUCGGGGUCAUCCUUUUCUCUAGCGCUGUCUAUUUCGCGGAGGCCGAUGAGCGAGACUCCCAGUUCCCCAGCAUCCCGGAUGCCUUCUGGUGGGCAGUCGUCUCCAUGACAACUGUAGGCUACGGAGACAUGGUCCCGACGACCAUUGGGGGCAAGAUCGUGGGUUCCCUAUGUGCAAUUGCAGGUGUGUUAACCAUUGCCUUACCAGUCCCCGUCAUAGUGUCCAAUUUCAACUACUUCUACCACCGGGAGACAGAGGGAGAGGAGCAGGCCCAGUACCUGCAAGUGACGAGCUGUCCAAAGAUCCCGUCCUCCCCUGACCUAAAGAAAAGUAGAAGUGCCUCUACCAUUAGUAAGUCUGAUUACAUGGAGAUCCAGGAGGGGGUGAACAACAGCAACGAGGACUUUAGGGAGGAAAACUUGAAAACGGCCAACUGCACCUUGGCUAAUACAAACUAUGUGAAUAUCACCAAAAUGCUAACCGAUGUCUGAUUGCAACCUAUUAGCAUCCCCACAGCUCCACGGAACGGAGUGCAGACGUUGCAUAACAGCCUGCAUUGUAGUCAGUCUGUUCCACAGUGUGUAAUCCGGUUCUGCAUGGGAAGCAGUAGUCGUGCAAGUGA